AAACACACAUGCACCGCGGGCUUCAGAAGAAAAAAUACUACAAAGCGGAGUCAGGAUGCAGCGGGUCAGUCAGAAGAGCAGUGACAUACACAUAUUCCAUAUUCAAGCGGAUGCUGGAAACUAUCAUCAAUGUGGCCAAACAUUACCUCAGUCUCUUUUUUGUUCUGAGGGGAGUUAACUCAUCUAAUUUUAAAGCCUUGAUGUCAGACAACAGUCCGAUCCAUCAAGGACCUCCUGCAGUCUACCAGCUGAAGCCAAAGAAAGAGAUGAUAGGAACUCUGACCAGAGUGACGGUUGGUGAAAAAGAUCAAACGAAGCUGAAUAAAACCAUCUUACUGGUUGGUGAAACAGGGACAGGAAAGUCCACUCUGACCAAUGCUCUGUUCAACUACGCUGUGGGAGUGAAGUUUAAGGAUGAAGUCUGGUUUCAGAUUGUAGAAGAUGAGAAAAGAAGUGAGACAGAAAGUCAGACAUCAGAUGUGAUCGUGUACGAGAUCUUUGGGUUUGAAGAUCAAACUCUGCCGUUCUCUCUGACCAUCAUCGACACACCUGGAUAUGGAGACACCAGAGGUAAAGAAAAAGAUGAGGUGGUCAGUCAAAGAUUGCGUCAAUUGUUUCAAUCAGAAGAUGGAGUUCAUGAACUUCAUGCAGUCGGUCUGGUGAUGAAAGCGACUGAUAACCGUCUGAGUGACCGUCUGAAGUAUAUCUAUGAUUCAGUGAUGUCUCUGUUUGGAAAAGACCUGGAGAGAAACAUUGUCGCUCUGGUCACACACUCUGAUGGAGGAACACCUGAAAAUGUUCUUCAGGCUCUGAAUGCAGCAGAUAUUAAAUGUUCCAAAGAUGAGAAUGAUCAGCCUGUUCACUUCCUGUUUAAUAACCAACAGAAAAAACAGAGAAACACGUCAAAGCGAGAUCAGCUCGCUCUGAAGUUGUCCUGGGACUUUACAAAUGAAGAAAUGGAUCGUUUGAGAGACAUCCUGAAAAAGAUGAAACCUCAGCCACUGAAGGAAACUGUGAAGGUUAUGAAAAAACGGGAACAACUAAUCGCCUGCAUCGAGAACGUGCAGGAAAAAAUCAAGGAGACUGAGCUGAAAAAGAAAAAACUUACAGAGUUUACAAAACAGUAUGAGGAAAAUGAAGAAAAGAUGAAGAAUAACGAGAAUUUCUCCUAUUAUGAAACUGUGACCUACAAAGACAAAAAAAAAGUCAAGAGUGGAUGGCAUGGGAUCUAUAACGAAGGAACCGUCAUCUGUAAUAACUGUGAGGAGAACUGUCAUGUUGGAUGCACAAACGCCUGGACUGUAGCAGAUUGUAACGUCUUCCAAUGGUGUUCCUGCACAGUUUGUACCAACAAGUGCACUUUAUCUGCUCAUUCUAAAGUAGACUGGAAAUAUGUGACAAAGACCAAAAUGGUUCUGAAGACCAAGGAGGACAUGAAGGCAAGAUAUAAUAUGUAUAAAGAAAAGUGUGAGGAAACAUCAGCUCCUUUGGAUGUCCUUAAAUCUGAAAUGACCAGACUGACAACAGAGCUGUCGAUGCUACUGGAUCAGGCCUGGGGUUUCAUUGUCGAACUGGAGCAGAUCGCCUUGAAAGCUGACUCAAUGAUCCCUAUUGACGACCUGAGCCUCCUGAUUGAGAAGAUGAAUGAAAAGGGUGAUAAAGAAAAGGUCAAAACCCUGGAGAGGCUCAAUAUCAGAAGAAAAUUAGAGACGACGACAAUAGCAGAAAAUCAGGAAAAUGUUUAUGGAAUGUUAAAGGAAAAAGGUGUUUGAUUCAAAUCUGUUCAUCUGAGUGAAGCAUGAUAUUUGGUUCAUAACCAGUUAGCACUCAGAGUGCUAACUGGUUAUGAAAGUGAGAUGAUAAUACUGAGAAUACUUUUAAGCAAUAUAUUCUGUCAUUAUUGAUUUAUUGCUAAACUAAAAGACAGAAAGGGAAAGUUUUUCAAAACCUUUUUCUCUUUUUUCACGUUUUAACAUUUUUAUACCAAAGGCAGUUUCCUGCCUAAUUUGGCAAAAGAUUGUAAUCUAGGACUCAACACCUCCACCCAGUGACCAAAUUACGCUCCUGUAGUGUAUAUAAAGGCUCCAUCUGAAUAAUCUUAUAGAGCAAGGACUCUUUAUAUAGUGCACAUUGACAUGGGAUGGGGGAAGGUGGAAUCGAACCCACAAUCUUCCAAUUUAAAGACAACUACUCAAGCCACUGUGUUAAAUAGUGCUAGAAGAGCCUCUCAUUGACAAUUUUAACCAAUUUUACAAAGUCAAAUUUAAAAUUUGUGCUAUGUAUAUGGCUUAAUCUGAUAGUUCAGUGCUUCCAACCAUGCCAGAUGCCAUUCAUAAAACAAGCUUGGACCCAUUUGGACCAUGGCUCUUCUAGAACUUGGAAGUCAAACUAUCCUAAAAACAGUCGGUUGGUAACAACAUGGAGAUAAAAGGUAAUAAAGGCUCAUUUAUAUAAAACUUUGACUUCUUUUAUAUUUACUUUCUUUUUAUUGGGAUCCAACAAACUUAUAUUUAGC